UGACUGCAGCAGGGUAGAAGGCAGUAAUCGAACAGUAUGAUGGAGAUUUUUAAACCUGUUACCUUAAUCCGUUGGAUUUUACUGGCUUCAGUUGGAAUGGGAUCAUUUGCUGAAGAAGUUGUUUUGCUGGAUUCUAAGGAGUCGCAGGCAGAGCUGGGCUGGACCUCACACCCUGCUAAUGGAUGGGAAGAAAUCAGUGGAGUAGAUGAAAACUAUAAACCUAUACGUACCUAUCAGGUCUGCAGUGUGAUGGAGUCAAACCAAAAUAACUGGCUACAGACAGGCUGGAUUAUGAGACGUAAUGGGCAAAGAAUCUUUAUUGAGCUAAAAUUCACGCUGAGGGAUUGUAACAGCAUUCCUGGUGUCGUGGGAACAUGCAAGGAAACUUUUAAUCUUUACUACAUUGAAUCAGACUCUGACCUGGGCAAAAACAUCAAAGAGAGCAAGUACAUUAAAAUCGAUACAAUAGCUGCAGACGAAAGCUUCACACAAGGUGAUCUGGGAGAACGUAAAAUGAAGCUGAACACAGAAGUAAGAGAAAUUGGACAUCUUAACAAGAAAGGCUUCCAUCUGGGAUUUCAAGAUGUUGGAGCCUGUGUUGCACUUGUUUCGGUGCGAGUUUAUUACAAAAAGUGUCUUUCUACUUUACAGAAUUUGGCAGUUUUCCCAGACACUGUUGCAGAGGCAGCUUUUGCAACUCUAGUGGAAGUAAGAGGGACAUGUGUCAAUAAUUCAGAAGUGGACAUGAGUAACCCUCCCAGAAUGCACUGCAGUGCAGAAGGGGAAUGGCUGGUUCCUAUUGGGAAAUGCACUUGUAGUGCUGGUUAUGAGGAGAAGAAUGGAGAGUGCAAAGGUAAAGGUUGCAGAUGUAUAAUUCAUUUGAGACUACUAGGUUAUCUGUCAGCUAGGAAGUUUUUUGUGGUUACUGAGAAAAGAGAAAUACAAAAAAAAAAAAAGUACAAUUAAAAAUAUGGACUCUUUUACUACUUCAUUGUUCUAGUUAUAUUUAUUAUCUGAUUAUGUUUUCAAAACAAGAAUGCAUCACCACAAUGUAGCAAUAUGGCAGCCAAGUUCAGAUAUAAUAAUGAUUUGGUUGCUCAUAUGACAUCUCCAGUGUAUUAACCAUUUGCUUCUUUUGAUAUACCAUGUUUUUUUUUUUCCUAAAUGAAUCUGGCUUUUUGAGAAGCAUUCAGCCAAUGAUGUUAACAUAGCUACAUUGGUCUAACACUCAGCAUGUCUGUAC